AUGACAUAACACACGCAUGUCUCUCAAGGGAGUAAAAGAGUAGGUGAAAAAUGACUGGAGAUUCAUUUGAAUGGGACCUUUUGUGACUAAAAGACUACAAAUGCAUGCCGCUUCAAUUGGAACAAGCCAAGGAGAACAACCACAACAAAACAAUUGGAAUACUGAGCUGCUGGCAGAUCUCCAAAUAGGCUUCAUGGAACUGAAUGGGACAUGCCUUGGAUAGUUCUCUGAUCUUCUCUGUUGCAAACUCCUCACGCUGUUUCAAUGUGUAAGUUCUUGCUUACUUUAGCAAAGCUGUGCGUAUGUGUUUGUUUGCGCUUCUGAUUUAGGGUAUGUAGGUGUGGUAGUUCCUGUGUCUAUGAAUGGCUCAGCUUGGCAGUGUGUCAGACUCAGAGGGACUGGUGCAGUCCAUGCUACAGAGGCUGAGGCUUCAGGAGCAAAGGUCAGAGCAGGCCAGCGCAACGUCCGAGGACACGGACAAGAUACUGCAAGAGUUGGAGGACGAUGAGGAAACACUUACUAGCACUGUGAAUGACAAUCCACGGUCAUCUCGCACUAAAUGGCCCUUUUUCAAGGGAUCCACAAAGGCUUUGGGACUUCGCAAAGGCUCCACGAAACAGAAGGACAAUCUCUCAUGUUCUAUCUUUGAGGAGGAGGUUCCCAGAUGGGAAAGGAAACAGCUGAGGUUAACGUUGGUGAGCAAUCAGACCUCUGCGAGAGAAAAUGGUCAUGUUGACAAGGCAGACGCUCACCUAGAACCACCUUUGAACCAUGAAAACCACACAUCUCCAGCAGGCGAGGCAGAAGCUGGCCCAAGGCCUCCUGUGAUGCAGACACAGACAAAUGCAGAAGUUCAGCAUACUGAUAGCACAAAGGGCAAUGAGCUCUCCACUCCACUGACUCCAGGCUCUGCCAUUCAGGAGCAUACAGUCACUGAUAGCCCAAUAUGGGACAGAAUAACUACCGAAGACACUGCGUCCUCCUCCACAGACAGUCUGAGUCGAAACAAUCAACCUGUUGGUGAAGUUGUCUCGUCAAAAACUUCAAACAAUGUGAGGAAAAACAAGAGAAAAUGGGCUGAAAGAAAAUCUAAGUUGACCAAGAAGAUUAAAGAUAAAUGGAGAGACAGACAUCCAAGCGUGGAGAGACGGGGUAGUCAGAAUGGAGAGGAGUUUGGAGAGAAACAACACCAGCAUAAUGUAGCCGAGCAGGUGUCUAACGAGUCCAGCGAAGUGAAAGAAAAUGCCGUUCGUCCUCUACCAACCAGAGGAGCAGAGGAUGAAGUCACUCCCUGUCCCCAAGGUUACGACAGUAUCUCCCUCUGUGCCUUUGACCUGGGUUUUAGUACCACUCUUAUGGAGGACAUAUUUACUGGAUCUGAAUGGGACAAAUUCCUUACCACGAGCAACAGCCCCCUGGAAGUCCUGGAAGAGAGCACAAAUGACCAAAGCACUUACCCUGCUGCAGUGGAUCAGUAUGAAAUCGCUGAGUCACAUAAUGCAGUUAGUCUGCCGGAGAGCACGCUGCAUGAGGCCACUGAAGAAGCUAUGCUUACAGACACUGAUGAACUACCUAAUGCUGGCCAGCCCAUGUGCAUUGAGAGUAGUGAACACAGUAUCAACCAACUUACCGUCUCGGAGCAAGUCAGCCAUAUCCAGCCUGGGACUGCUGAAGUGAACUCUGAUCAGGGGAUCACUACUGAACCACAGAUGACCACAAACAGCCUUGACCAAUCCAACUCGGAUGCUGUCAACCAUGAUCAAUCAGAGACUGAAUCAGAGUCAAGCAUUUGUGAUAUCAAGGAUCAACAAACACACAUGAUGGAGGCAGAUCUCAACCAAACCAGCCCAAGUGACACAAACCCUCACCAAACAGAGAACACCACGCCAAAUCUGGACCAAACCACCACAAGAGAGAUAAACCCUCGCCAAACACAGAUGACUACACCAGAUCUCAUUGAAACAAGCACAAGUAGCACAAACUCUAACGUAAUACUGACAACACAGGCAGAUGACCAGUCUGACCAGGAGACCGACGAAUCACAUAAGACCGAGCCAACCCUGAAUCAGCCCGACUCAAGUGACAUGAUGAACCCGUAUCUAACAGAGACGACACAGACAGGUGACCAGUCUGAGACAGAGGAGGCUUCAGAGCCCACCAUCAAUUCAAGUCCCUGUGAAGAUGAUGACAAUUCUCCACAGUUUAUUCCCCCUCUGGAUUUCUUUUAUCUGGAGACUGGAGAUGGCAAGGACAGCUCUGCACACGAGAAGAAACGAAGAGCGCUUCAGUCUGAGGAGAGGGAAACUUUUAUAGAUGAAGAUGAUGAUGAUGAUGAUGGUGAUGUUCCCACUAAGUCUGUGUCCCAUCAGAAUGUUCCAUUAUUGCCUCCUCCUUUUGCUCCUCCUCCUCCUCCACCUCACCUGGUCACACAGUGCUCCAUCUCUCUGGAUUCGGACUCAUCACUGUCCAUGGAAGUGAUGCCCAAAAAGCGGAAAUUGGAUUGCACUCCGCGCCGCGUUCGAUUUGCUGCGGAGGUGGUGAUGCUGCCAUCUUACAUCCAACCAGAGGUGGAGGACUGGCCUGAGCCUGAGGGGAUGGAGGAGGACAGUGACGACACGGAUGACCCAGAGGACAUGGAGGAUUCGGAUGAAGCGGUGCAGCCAGAGGAGAUCCGCACGGCAAAGGAGGCCUCGGGGAAAAGCCCAGAGGCCCAGCAGUCCCUCUAUAACUGGAUUGUGGGAAUCAAGAGGAAGAACAAACGGAAGGCGCAAAUCUGAAUCCUUUCCUCUGCAGCCAGAUAAGGACCUUCAGCUGCUCAACUUUUAAACAGAAUGUUCAUUUAUACAUGCUGUAUUUUUACGACUGGCAGUGUUGUUGGAUUCUAGUUCUUGUGAAUCGUUGCCUACUUAAGGAGCAGGAAAAGCUUGGCUUGUAUGGGCUUGGCUCAUGUGUGGUACAUAAUAAAACUACAACAGGGACCAAUUAAUAACGAAAAAAAUAUAAUGUGAAACUAUGUCCAGUAUUUUAAUGCAGAAUGUUUGAUUCUUUAUGGUUUACUUCCCAGCACAACUUUAGCAGGGUGAAGCUGUAUAUAGUUCAGUUUUUAUACAUUUAUAAAUAUGCUUUAAAUAGUGCAGACAAAAUGCUGUCCUUUAUAGAGAAUCCCUUAAGGGGAAAUCCUGACAGGUUUAACAAGGGGGGGUUUCUUAGUCAUGCCCUUCAACAAUUUAUUGCGUUUUUCUGUUGAGUUUAAGAUUUAAGAGUUAUGAAAUGUCACAUUUAUUUUUAGUAGAUAUUUUUAUCCAAGGCAACUUAAAUUUGUCAAUUAUAUAACAAGGGCUUUUCUCCCCAGAGCAACUCGGGUUUAAGUGCCUUGCUUAGGGUACAACGGUGGAAGCCUGGAAUUGAGCCCACAACUUUUUAUGCUGCAUGCUAGCCCAGCUUCUUAUGCUACCCAAAUAAUCAGGACUCUGCAUUGAGAUGUUAAACUGCAUCACAUUCAACAGCGCACCAGAUGUUUUGUACUCUUGAACUUGAAAAUACUCAGUCAUUGUUUAUUAAAGAUAUUUUCACAAGCUCA